AAGGUUUUCAGGCAUCACUGCAAAGGGCAGCUAGUAUUUCCAUCCUUGUCUAACAAGCUGUGAGGAGAAGUUGUUUCUGAGAUCUGAGCCUGAAGAGAGGGAACAAGUCAGGCAGCCUUCGUGGUCAGAAGAUAUUGCCUCCUUCCAAGCUACCAGGCCAGGAAGUCCAUUCAGCUGGAAGCCGGGACGGCAGCCUUGUUUUCAUUUAGGCUCCUUUCCUGCCACUUGUUCCACGAUGUAUGUCAAGAGUUAAAAGCUGUCUGAUCCGGCUGUAUUUGAAUUGGCAGAGCAGACCCUAAUUCAGUUAUCUGGUUCUUCCAUUGCAGCCUAAAGACCAUAGAACUCUAAAUCAGGCAGAAGGAAGGGAAGGUGGGAAAAGUACUGAAAAGCAAAAUCCCACAGGGAUCCAAAUGGUCCUCGAGAGAAUGAUCUUAUCCAGAAGCAAUGACCGAGUGGCACAUAAUUGAGCCCCAGGACUGGCCAACCAGAUGAAAAAUAGGCCAGUGGAGCCUACAUGGUAACUUACUGCAUUUGGUGCUGUGAUCCAACUCAUCUCCCCAUCCCUGCAGAGAAACCUGUGACCAUGAGGAGCAGCCUGACCAUGGUGGGAACCCUCUGGGCCUUCCUGUCCCUUGUUACUGCUGUGACCAGUUCUACCAGUUACUUCCUACCUUACUGGCUCUUUGGAUCCCAGCUGGGGAAGCCAGUGUCAUUCAGCAUGUUCCGGAGGUGCAACUACCCUGUGCGGGGAGAGGGACACACUCUGAUCAUGGUGGAAGAAUGUGGGCGCUAUGCCAGCUUCAAUGCCAUCCCAAGCCUAGCCUGGCAGAUGUGCACAGUGGUGACAGGUGCUGGCUGUGCUCUGCUGCUCCUGGUGGCACUAGCUGCUGUCCUGGGUUGCUGCAUGGAGGAGCUCAUCUCCAGAAUGAUGGGACGUUGCAUGGGAGCAGCGCAGUUCGUUGGAGGGCUGCUGAUAAGCUCAGGCUGUGCCUUAUACCCUUUAGGAUGGAAUAGCCCGGAGAUAAUGCAAACGUGUGGGAAUGUCUCCAAUCAAUUUCAGUUAGGUACCUGUCGGCUUGGCUGGGCCUAUUACUGUGCUGGAGGUGGAGCAGCUGCAGCCAUGUUGAUCUGCACCUGGCUCUCCUGCUUUGCUGGAAGAAACCCCAAGCCAGUCAUAUUGGUGGAGAGCAUCAUGAGGAAUACCAAUUCUUAUGCUAUGGAGCUUGACCAUUGCCUCAAACCUUGAGCUUUGAAAGAGGAUUGGAGAGGGUGGGAAAGGGGAGGAGGGAGCCCUGAAAAGAGGUACUAAGGAUUAGGCCAUUUGUCAUCUGUCAUUAGUGUAGCCUAGUGUUUGCAUGCGUUUCAAACUAAUUGUCAUUCAUUUUCACUUAUGUUCAAGCCAGUAGGUCACUGGCUGUUUAUAAAAUUCAUCUAGAGGAAACAUUUUCAGACAUUUACCCAACUGGCAAGUCAUGCUAACUCGAAGACCCAAAGUACCCCUUUAUGCAAAAUAGGAUCCAAAGCUAAGGCUGGGUAAGAAUAGUUGUGCAGGGAGGGAGCACGAGAUGGGCAGAGCUGUUUUCUACCACUCCAUUCACACAGUUCAUUCCCAAGUAUUUAUUGUCACCCCCAAACAUCUCUAGAGUACUACUGCUCAAUUUUUGUGUCGUUAUCAGGAGUAUACCCUGGCUCUUCCUUUUUUUCCUCCUGCUUUUCUCUCCCCUCCCCCUCACCACCCCAUUGUGGGGAAGCUUCAGGGGAGCAGGGAAGGGUGAUUCCCAGUGGUGGGGAAAACAAUAAUCAAGGAUAUUUGCAUUUAGCCUGGAGCCCCUUCCUCAUUAUGCUUUAGAAUAUUCAUAGGAGUUCAAUUUGUAUUCCAGCUGGGUGAUGAGCAAAAAAAUAGAUAGUAGCAAAUAUUCGCUCAUCCUUUAGAGAUAAAGAAAUGGUGUUCAUCAAAUAUACUGAGAAUAGACUAGCAUUUGUGCGGCACUCAAUGAAUUUAAAUUCAUGGUGACAGUGACAAGGAUGUUUCUGCUAGAUAUUUAUUGAAAUUUCUAUCAGAGAUCAUUUUUACUGACUAGGAAAUCCACAGUGGCCUUUUACCCCCUAUAGUCACUCUUAAUGUGACAUAAGUUCAUCUGCCUGUUUCAAAGACUGUUCAUCAAAUGAUCUCUCCUCCAUCUGGGGCGAGUUAGCCACAAAAGAACACAGCACUGAUGUCACCUAGGGCUGAUGUAUUUUUAGGCCUGGACUCCAUCCCAUCUGUGCUCAAGGUUGAUAGAUGGUGUAGAAGAACUUGGUGUCUCCUGGGGGCAGACUUUGUCUCGCUCCUCCCCCCCAGUUAAUUCAGGCCAGCUCUAUUGUUCCAUAACUACAGCUAUUGUUCCGUAACUACAGCUUUACGGAAUGGGGAGGGCCCGUGAUUCAAAAGGCCAGCUCAUCUGUUUCUAUUCUUAAUAAUUCCAGCAUGGUUUUGGUACAGCCCUACCUAGAGGGAUAGAAAUAGAAAAAAACUGGCUUCAGAAGUUGUAUGCUAUCUCAUGAGAGGUCAGAGUUCUUAUAUUGGCUUUACAUAGGUAAGUGAAUUUAAAUGCUUCCUCCAUCUAUAGUUGAUUCAUUCAUUGAGUCACUCAUUUAGAAAACAUUUCUUGAGCAUCUUACUGUAUGACACAUUCUGUGCUAAGUUCUGGGGAUAAAAGGACAAAGACAGUUUCUCACCUUAAAAGGGAUAGUGGUGAGGUAUUGAGAGACAUGUCAAUAAGUACUCAUCAGUGUAUUAAGUGCUAGAAAAGUGAAGAAGAGUAGCUAAAGGAUCACAGAGAAGCCAUUAAACCAACUUGGCAUGAAAGGGUUCAUGGGAAAGCAUCCUAGCAAAGAAGAUGGGUCUGAGAGAUGAAUAGCAGGAGCUUUGUCAGAAAAGGUAAAGAGUACACAAGAUAAGCAAUGAUGGCAGCCAAGUCAUGGAGACAGCAUUAGAAUGACAUAUGGGUAUAAAAAGAGAGGUGGCAAAAGCUGAAGUUGAAAAGGGAAGCAGUAACCAGAUUCUGUUGGACCCUUUACUCCAGAAUAAGGCGUUUGAAUUUUAUCCUAAAGAAGGGUCAUUGAAAGGGAAGUGACAUGAACAAACCUGUAGCUUUCAAAGAUAAGUUUGGCUAAAGUGAGGAGAAUGAAAGAAAAGAAGAGAAUAACUAGAGAUAUUUCAAUAAUCUCGGUAUAAAACGAUCAAGGCCUGGAGGAAGGUAGUGAUUGUGAGGCUGGAGCAGACGGAUGAAUUUGAAAGAAGAUAUUUAGGAAGUACAUGCCACAGGAUUUAUUGUCUAAUGGAUAUGUGUAUGUAUUGGCAAGUGAAAAUCUUGGGAUGACCACUCUGGUAUGUGGGCGACUCCUAUCAUGAGGAUGGCAAAUGCAAGAUGAAUAACAGGUGGUAGGGAACUGGUGAUUGAAUUCGUGUAAAGUAUUAUCUCCCUCAUGGAACUGCAUUAAGUGUUUAAGGUAAGGCCAACUUGAACAUACCUCACUGGGAAGGAAGCAAUGUAAUGUGUUUGCAGCAUCUCCUUUCUUUAAGAAAGAUGACUAAGAACAGCUAAAACAAAAAUGCAACUAGCUUAAACCUCAGUUUUAUUGUGUAGACACAAUAAUGUAACUUUAAUUUAGGAGGGCCCACUGUAUAGAUAAUAUGUCAAAUAUUUGAGAAAAGGCAGAUAGCUCACUUCAGAAAAGGUAGUUGGAUCAGGCGAUCACUCUUCUCAGGCUAGGCAACCUUCUGGAAUUCUGUAGGAUAGACUUUGUCAAAGUGAGUGUAUAAGUCAGAAUCCUGCCAAGAAACAGAUGGUAUACUCAAGGAGUUUAGCUGAGAUGAGCUUAGUGAAGGGACAAUUUAUGAUGGUGUGUGCAGGGUUAAGGGAACUUACCAGUGAUCGUGAGGCAUAGAAAGACUAUGAACAGUGAGGGGUUGUUAUUAUUAUUACUCCUAACACUGAAAGGACAAAGGGAAGAAACAGUGUUAUUGGCACCUGGUAAGUACUGCAUAUGUACAAGAGGGGCUGCCUCACAGGAGCUGUUGCUUCAGGUAACACAAUAUAGUCUCUGCCCAAAUGCAGUAAGGAGGGAGAGAGGGGAAUUAACACCCAUAUCUCACUCUCUUUCCACUCUUUGAUCUCCUGCCAGUGCCUAUCAUUAGCCAGUCCCAGCCAUAUGGCAGCUGGCAAAGAAGCCUGUUGCAAUAGCCCAUUGAGGUCAGACUCCUUUGGCAUAGAGCAUGGCAGGGAAAGGUGGAGAAUGAAGCUUGGGGUUAUGAGGGGCCAAUGGAAAAUAACAUUUCAGUGAGUGCUCUUAGCCAUCAGACAAUGCCAUUGCCUUAUGCACUGCUUCCCAGCAAGUAUAUGCUUUGCUUUCCUCCGUGGCCCAGAUGCUUAAACACACUGUGAAGUAAUUGGACACUGGAAAGGAGACUGAAGAGGAAGGGGUUAAUUUGAAAGAACACUUUAAAUAACUAUCACCUUGGAGGAGUUAGUUGCAGGUGAAGUAAGUUGGAAUGUUUUCUCCUCUUUUCCAAUGAAAGGAAACUGGAUUUAAAAGAUAUAUAUAUUUUUUUCUGUGAAGAAACCAGGUCUGCAGGGGCUUAUAUUCAAAGAGGGAUCUAGCCCCAUGUUCAAUUCAAAUUAAAAUUCCUCCUUGCCUAUGUCUGGUUUCUUUUCUGCCAGGCCUUGUUUUUACAUAGAUGCCUGGCAAGACUUGGUUCUUUUCCCCGUGGCCUGGAGCAAACUUUUAGAAGCUAAAUCUGUGUCUUGGGCUGCUAUUGUACAGAAAGGAAGGACAGCCCAUGGGUCAGGUGGAGGCUGAAUGAGGUGAAAACCUAAGAGACUCUGCAGUUUGUCCCAUGCCUAGCUGGCUGUCAUGUUCCUUACCUGGGCAUGCAGGCCGAGUGUCUAACUAUGGGCCCAUUCUGACCCUGGAACCACUUAGAUCUUGGGGAGGGAGUGAGAGGUAGGAGGUGAUUAAUCUGGGCUAACUCACAGUCCAUUUAGUAUUUCAUAAGAGCCCAUUUUGCAAGAUACUCCUUACAGAAAAUAAUCUCAGAUGGGCAACAACUUCCCAAUUGGCAUGCUUUUGUGUCUAGAGGAUUGAAAUUUCUACACCUUGGCUAGCAAGUGUUAAGUCACUAGGGUAUGUCUUCAGUGGUGCUGUCUCUCUAAUGUCACACCUCAUUACCUCUGCUCUCAGAGGAGUAGCUGCCUUUAUUCACUUACAGCUGCUAGUGACUUCCAGGCAGUGGGUUCUGCCUUGUGGGAGUGAGCGUGUGACCUGAGCCAAGAUGGAAAGGUUCUGGUCUCUGGGAAAGGAGUUCUGGCUUAUGCAAGAGUAGAUGACAAUACAAAGUCUUGGCUGGAUGAGGGAAAACCCUGUGAGGAUGAGGGAAUGAGGAAGCUUCUGGGAAGCGGAGGCUUUAUAAAUUUGUCAAACAAAUUGUACUAAGGAAAGGUCUAGCUCCUUCAAUAUGUGAUGGGGACCCUUUCUUCUGAGUCUGGCAUUCACUCUCUGUAGAAACAUUCAUAUUAAUUUAAAGUAGUUUCAAGAUGGUAUUUGGUCCCUAGGAAGCCUGGUGAUGGGAAAAAUGGAACUUUCAAGAAAACUAAUACUGAAUAUAUUUUGUAAAGGAUGGAAGGCAUCCUACUUGGUGGCUUGAGGGGAAAGGUGUGCUAUUUCUAAAACUCACAAUCAAUCUCCAGCCAUACCCAGUAAAGCUUUCUUAGUAGACAGCAGUCAGGGCUCUUCCAAACAAUCAUAGCUACCUUGUGUCCUUGGUUAAGAGCAUUUUCUUAGCUGCAGUGGUGCUGGAGUUGAAAGAUACUUAUUACUGGUCUGUCUCUCUCAGAUGUAGAGAAAUGCAUUUUAAGCUUCAUUUUUUCAUUUACUUCUGAGAUUUGGCUCUCCCAGGGAGAUCUCCCAGAUCUCUUCUCUAAACUCGUCAAACCCCCACUGAGUCCUCAAAGCUAACAGCAAAUAAACAGUUGCUAUGUGUGCACACAAAUAAUUUAGAUUUUCAUUAUACAGAGCUGCUGAUAUGUUAGGAGGCAGAAGUAGGGGGAGACAAAAUGCUAGGUUUUGAUGGCAAUGCCAUAUUCUUCUCCUUCCUCCCCCUCCAGAAAUGAGGCCCAGAGAACAGUACUUGGGAGUCAGGGAGUGGCGGGGGCGGGGGGUAUCAGGGCCAGCCAGCAUCCACAUUGGCAGGACCCUGAUGUUGGCUCCCUUUCAUGUAGUGUCUCUGCUACAUGAAAGAGACAUUAGAAGAGGUGGUAGAAACUACAGAUGAGAAUCAAAGCUGGUAGAAAGUUCAAGAGGGAAAAAGGGUAAAUAAAGAAAUAAAUAUCAGAACCACUCCAGAGAAACAGUAUCUCCUCCCACUGUGGCUUAUUAGAAUUUCAUUUGGGACACUUCGACUUUCUUUCGAAGAUAUCUCAGUAUCUUCUGCACUAAAACAUCGCCCUCCUAGGCAACAUGGUAAAGUGAAGUCAGUCCAGGAUUUGGAGUCGGACAAAUCAAGGUUUGAAUCUCAGCUUCAACAUUUAUUAGCUGUGUGUCCUUGGGCAAAGCAGUUAACUGAGCUUACUAACAUUCUAAGAUAACACUGGCUAUUGACUCCACAAUUCUCAGCAACUAUAGAAGGAGUUAAUCAUUCGGUGGCCCCAUUCAUUUUAAUUUGCAUUCAUUAUUCUAACGUAGUGAUUUUUAAUCCUGGUUGACAUUAGAAUCUCCUGGGAAGCUUUUAAAAAAUUUUGAUGCUUUUGUCCAUCCAGUUCACCUGAGUCAGAAUCUGUAGAUGCCACUACACCAUACCACCCUCUCUUUAUUUUUGCUAUCAUCUACUGACCUCCUAGUCAUCCCUCAUUCAUAAGGACUUUAGCACCUGGCUCAGUCUCUUUUCUAUUUUUAUUUCUUUCAUCCUUUUAGAAAUUUCAACAUCAUGUGAACCACUCUUCCAAUUUAUUGGCCUCUAAACUCUUUGACUUCUUUACCUCCAAUAAUAUUUUUUUUCUACCCAACCUUUGUAGCUCCCACUCUUGGCAUCAACAAUAAAUACACAAUCACUAAAGUCCUGAUGUCAAAUCUCCCAUUCCUGACCAACACUCCUUAUUCUUUCAUCUCAUGUUUUUUAACAUCCUCACUCUACCAACUAUUUGACCCCAUCCUAGCUGCACAACUAUAGUCCCUAGUUUAUCAUUGUAAUCACCCCUUGCAUAAAUGUUCCACUCUUUUCCCCUCUUUAAUUCUGCCAUAUAUUUAUCAAAAAAAAAAAAACCCUAGCUCUGGUUAAACGUAAUAAUUUCUCUGCUCGAUGCUUGCACCAAGUUCUCAACUAUUUAGAGAGAAAAACUAGCUACCCUUGCACCUUUUCCUUGUCUAUUCUCACCCCCUUGGUGAGUUCAUUCAAUCUCAUGGCUUUACCUGUUAUCUAUACCCUUGCCACACAAAGGGUGGGCUAUGGUCCAAAAGUGUCAGUAUCACAUUGAGAAUGUAUUAGAAAUUUAGAAUCUUGGCUCCACUCCAGGCCUACUGAAUCAGAAUCUGCAUUUUAACAAGAUCCCUAAGUGAUCAUUUGCAUUGAAGUUUGAGAGGCACUGAUCUGCAUCAAUGGUUAUCAUCUUUGAUUGCAAACCAGAAUCAACUAUGAUUUUCUAGUGCCAAUAUCUACUUUCAGAAGCUCUAAUUUAAUUGGUCUAGGGUAGGGCCUGGAUAUAUAUAAAUUUUGUAAGCCAUCAUGUGAUUUUAAUGUUCAGCAUAGACUGACAACCACUGACUUAAGUACUGAUGACUCCCAAGUUAAUAUCUCUAGGCCAAACGUCUCUGAACUUCAGGCUCAAAUGUUCAACUACUUACUCCAUGUCUCUACUUGGAUGUCUAGUAGACUUGACAGAGUGUACAUAUCCAUAACCAAGAUCCAAAUCUUCCAAUCCUAAACCCAUUCCUUGUAAUCAUCCGCAUCUUACUAACUAAAGGGCACUAUACUUACCGGGUAUCCCCUUCUACCUCCUUGGGUGGCCCUUCUCAUCCUUUUUUGGAUCAUCUGCCUAUGUUCAACCUCCCAGUGUUGAAAUGAUCCAGGGUACAUAGCUCCUCUUGAUAUCUAGAAUCUCCCCGGGUGAUCUCAUUUACAUGCUGAUGAUGCUCUGAUUUAAACAUAGUCAUGUUGCUCAAAUUUAACCUGUGCAACAGGAAAUUAUUAGUUUUCUCCUCCAACCGGACCAGCGCUUCUGCCAAAACCUGGGAAUAAUCUCUGAUGUUUUUCCUUCCCUGGGCUGCUACCUUCAAUCCAUGUGCAAAUCUUAACAAGUCUACUUCCAAAAUAUAUUCCUUACAUACACAUUUCUCUUAUCUCUACUAUUACAACUCUAAGACAUCAAUGACAAAAAAGUUUUAGCAAACUGAGACUAAAAAGGAAUAUUCUGGCCAGGUGCAGUGGCUCACGCCUGUAAUCCCAGCACUUUGGGAGGCCGAGGCAGGUGGAUCACGAGGUCAGGAGAUCAAGACCAUCCUGGCUAACACGGUGAAAUUCCGUCUCUACUAAAAAUACAAAAAAUUAGCCGGACGUGGUGGCGGGCGCCUGUAGUCCCAGCUACUCGGGAGGCUGAGGCAGGAGAAUGGCAUGAACCCGGGAGGUGGAGCUUGCAGUGAGCCGAGAUCACGCCACUGCACUCCAGCCUUGGCGACAGAGCGAGACUCUGUCUCAGAAAAAAAAAAAAAAAAAAAAAAAAAAAGGAAUAUUCUACCCUGGUAACAGAUAUCUAUCAAGCCUCUAGCAAACAUUGUACUAAAUAAAAAAAAAAAAUUUAGAAGCAUUCUAGUUUAAAACGGAAAAAAAGGACAAAGAUAUUUCAGCUCACAAUUGCAACAAAAAGUAUAGGGUACCUAAGACUAAAUCUUACAACAGAUGCGGAAAAGUUAUAAAGCAACAUGGGAAAAGACAAAAAGGAUUCAUAAAUAGGUUUCAUGAAUGGAAAGACUUGAGAUCUUUUUUAAAGCAUGUCAGGUUUUUUUCAGAAUGAAUUUAUAGAUUCAAUGCUGUUCCAAUAAAUAUUCUAUCUUUUUUUAGUGUAAAUUUACAUGCUCAUCUUCACAUUUGUGUUCAGAUAUCAAGACUUAAAGCUAUAAUGAUUAACAAGUGUGGUAGUGACACAGAGAUGAACAAAUGGAUAAAUGGAACAGAAUAGAGGAUCAAGAAACACACUCAUGAUUAUAAGGAAACUAGAUAGAUAUGAUAGAAAUAGCAUUAUUAAUCAAUGAGGGAAGGAUAGACAAAUUCAACAAAUGAUAAUAUUUCAGAAAUGAAAUUAUAUCCCUAAAACACUCCAUUUAUAAGAAUCUUAAUUCCAGAUGGAUUAAUGACCUAAAUGUGAAACAAUUCAAACUUUGAAAAGAUAACCUAGAAAAAAUAUUGUUUUGACUUUAAUAUAGAAAGGAACUUCUAAAAAAGACACAAAAGGCACAGCCCAUAAAACAAAAGAAUGAUACACCUGACUAAAUUAAAAUUUGAAAACGUCUGUUUAAUGAAAAGGUCAGCUUGACUUUUCUGGUCCCCUUCUGUUGGGAGUGGGCUGUGUGACUAGUUCUAGCUAGUGGGUUGUGAGCAGCAGUGAUGUGUGCCACUUCCAAGCUGGAUUAUUAGUAUUUGCCAGUGUGAGCCCUUCUAGAGAUCUCCUUUCCCUCUCCCAUGGCGACACAAAGUACUCUUGUUGAAAACAACGUGGAUCCUGGAGUGAGGAAGCACUCCCAGCCAACUAAUGGUGCACCUGUGAUCAAAAAGAUACAUUUGCUACUUUAAAAAGCCUUAUUAAUGAACAGUAUCAUAAGCAAAAUGAAAGGGUAAGCCUCAGAAUGGGAGAAAAUAUUUGUAAAGCUAAAGCUAAUGAAGGAUUAAUAUGAAAACAAUUUAAAGAGCUACAAAUCAAUAAGGAAAACAUAAAUAACUCAAUAAAAAUAAAACACAGGCAGAGGGUAUGAUUGAGUAAUUAACUUAGGAGGAAACUUGAUAGGCUGCUUAACUACCUAAACUCAGGGAAAUACAAAUUAAAGUAACAAGAAGAUACAAUUUGUAUCCAUAAGUUAGGUAAAAAUGUAAAAGGCCAUUUACAGCAAGUGCUGGAAAGAAAUAAGAACUGUCAUCAUUGCUGGCUCAAAUAUAAAUUGGCAUAGACACUUUGGAGAAGAAUUUUUCAAUAUCUUGUAAAGAUGAAGAUCUAGGUGUAUAUGUAAUUUCACCUCUAUGAAUUUGCUGUGGAGAAACUCUAGCACAACAGCAGACAAAGACAUUUACAGUUAUGACGGUCAAUGUCAUUGAUAUCUGGAAUAGAAAAUGUCAAAUAUUUACCAGUGGGAGAAUAGAAAAAUAAAUUCGAUAUAUUUAUUUAAUGGAAGUUAAAAUGAAUGACUUGGAGUCACAUGUGUGAAUGCAUCUAAAAAUCAUAAUGUUGAGUAAGUAAAGCAAGUUGCAGAAUGGCUUCAGAGUAUACCUUUUCCAUAAAGUUUGAAAACAUGUAAAACAAUACUACAUAUUUGUUAUGGAAUAUAUUUUUGUUCAUCAAGUAUUCAUGCCGCCUCACACUACAUCUUUUGGAAGAGUAUAGUUUCCCAGUCUAUUGAUGCCUUGGCCAUGAGAUUCACUUUGUCCAGUAGAGUAUUUGGGUAGAACUGAUAAUGUAAGAAUUCUGAGUCAAGGCCUUAAGAAGCAUCAUAUUUUUGUUUUGUUUCUUUGGGAGUUUCUGACCUCCACAAUGAGAAGCACAUGUCACCUGAGACUAUCCCUUCAGUUUCAGCCUCAGAAUGAAAAUACAUGAAUGAUUGCUGCCCCAGCUGACAUAGAGACCUGGGAACAAGAGAGUAAAUGCUUGUUGUUGUAUGAUACUAGGUUUGAAAUACAUGAAAAACUGAACUAUGCAAUGUUCAUAUGCCAGAACAUAUGUAAUGUAUGUGUAUGUAAUACAAACAGGAAUAAUA